AAAUCUAGGUUCUGCGCGGGUUUCAUUCAAUAACUUGACCAGGUGUCUGUUACUGUGCUCUUGCAUUCCACGAACGUGUUUUAGGAUCAAUUUUAUCUGAAUAUCAAGAUGUCUACAGAGAUGGAGACUAAAUCUGAAGAUGUAGAAACUUUUGCUUUUCAAGCUGAGAUUGCUCAGCUUAUGUCACUGAUCAUCAACACCUUUUACUCGAACAAGGAAAUCUUUCUUAGAGAAUUGAUUUCAAAUUCGAGUGAUGCUCUCGACAAGAUACGCUAUGAAUCAUUGACUGAUCCAUCGAAGCUUGACAGUGGUAAAGAAUUAUACAUAAAAAUUAUACCAAAUAAGAACGAUGGUACUUUGACCAUCAUCGACACUGGCAUUGGUAUGACUAAGGCGGAUUUAGUCAAUAAUCUUGGUACGAUUGCUAAGUCUGGCACCAAAGCAUUCAUGGAAGCUCUUCAAGCUGGUGCUGAUAUUUCCAUGAUCGGUCAAUUUGGUGUUGGAUUUUACUCUGCUUAUUUGAUAGCCGACAAAGUCACUGUUGUUUCUAAGCACAAUGAUGACGAGCAAUACUUGUGGGAAUCCAGUGCUGGAGGAUCUUUUAUUGUAAGAUCUGACAAAGGAGAGCCACUGGGACGUGGAACGAAAAUUGUUUUACACAUAAAGGAAGACCAGUCCGAAUACUUGGAGGAAAGCAAGAUCAAAGAAAUUGUUAAGAAGCAUUCCCAGUUUAUUGGAUAUCCAAUCAAAUUGGUAGUGCAGAAGGAACGUGAAAAGGAAUUAAGCGAGGACGAAGCCGAGGAGGAAGAGGAAAAGAAAGAAGAAGAUGGAAAGCCAAAGGUUGAGGAUGUAGAUGAGAAUGAAGAGACGGAUGAGGAUGGAAAGAAAAAGAAGAAGAAGAAGACGAUUAAAGAGAAGUAUACGGAGGAUGAAGAGUUGAACAAAACGAAACCUAUUUGGACCAGAAAUCCAGAUGACAUUUCCCAGGAAGAAUAUGGCGAAUUCUAUAAAUCGUUGACCAAUGACUGGGAAGAUCAUUUGGCUGUUAAACAUUUCUCUGUAGAAGGUCAAUUAGAAUUCAGAGCGUUACUUUUUGUCCCAAGACGUAUGCCAUUUGACUUGUUUGAGAACAGGAAAAGGAAGAACAAUAUCAAAUUGUACGUGAGAAGAGUAUUUAUCAUGGACAACUGUGAACAGCUGAUACCAGAGUAUUUGAACUUCAUGAAGGGAGUUGUUGAUAGUGAAGAUCUGCCUUUGAAUAUUUCUCGUGAGAUGCUUCAACAGAAUAAGAUUCUGAAAGUGAUUCGUAAGAAUCUCGUUAAAAAAUGCAUAGAACUGUUCGAGGAGCUCACAGAAGAAAAAGAUAAUUAUAAGAAAUUCUAUGAACAGUUCAGCAAAAAUAUUAAAUUGGGUAUUCAUGAGGACAGUAGCAACCGUAGCAAAUUGGCGGAGCUUCUGAGAUACCACACCUCAGCAUCUGGUGAUGAAGUCUGCUCGCUUAAAGAAUACGUGGCUAGGAUGAAGGAAAACCAGAAACACAUUUACUUCAUUACUGGAGAGAGUAAAGAGCAGGUUGCGAACAGUUCCUUCGUUGAGCGUGUCAAGAAACGCGGCUUCGAAGUUAUCUACAUGACCGAACCUAUUGAUGAGUAUGUUGUACAACAAAUGAAGGAAUUUGAUGGCAAACAAUUGGUAUCCGUUACUAAAGAGGGACUCGAAUUGCCUGAGGACGAAGAGGAAAAGAAAAAGAGGGAAGAAGACAAGGCCAAAUUUGAAAAUCUAUGCAAAGUGAUGAAGACUAUUCUCGAUAGUAAGGUGGAGAAGGUGGUAGUGUCGAACAGAUUGGUCGACUCACCCUGCUGCAUAGUCACUUCUCAAUAUGGUUGGACAGCGAACAUGGAAAGAAUCAUGAAGGCUCAAGCUCUGAGAGAUACGUCUACUAUGGGAUACAUGUCAGCUAAGAAACAUCUUGAGAUAAAUCCUGAUCAUCCUAUUGUUGAGACCCUCAGGCAAAAGGCAGAGGCUGAUAAAAAUGACAAGGCAGUGAGAGAUCUUGUGAUUCUGCUGUUCGAAACAGCACUUCUUUCUUCAGGUUUUACGUUAGACGAGCCACAAGUUCAUGCAACGAGAAUUUAUAGAAUGAUCAAGCUAGGCCUUGGUAUCGACGAAGAUGAACCAGUACCUGAAGAACAAAUGGAAGAAACUCCUGUUGUCGAAGAAAAUACAGAAGAUGCGUCCCGAAUGGAAGAAGUAGACUAAACUUUGAGAUCUGAUUAUCAUAAUUAAAAUCCAUUCAAAGACUGUAAAGAAUAACAUUGCUUCAUUCAGGGUA